AUGCUUCUCCUGGACAGCCCACGCAGCUCUGACCGGUCGCUCACAGUGGCGGAGAUUCCGCGAGUCAUCCAUCUGCUAUGCACCGCUCCGCCAGAUGUCCAACGAGCAGCAAUCGAGACUUACUUCACAUCGACAGCUUCAUUUACCCACCCUUUCUGUCGGACAGGCAGCUUCCCGGGGUCGAUAUGGUUCAUUGUAAUGAUAUAUCGGUGGUAUAAGAUUCUCAGCCCACAUAUUGAUGUCGCGGUCGAUGGAGUCGCAUACGAUGAGCAGCACCUGCGCCUCUAUGUCUCCUUGCAUCAGAACUUCAAGCUAUGGGUAGUCCCUUUCUACAAUGCGCCGGUCAAACUGGUUACCGUCCUCCAACUGACCACGGAUCGUACUCCGACACAUCUCGAGCGCAGACAGUCCCUAGAGCCUUUGACCCCGAACGAGGUUGGCACGGGGCAGGCCACAAAAGCAAGCGAAGACUUCAGUAUCCACUCCGCUGCCGGAAAUGACGAGCACACAAAGCAACAGGGUGACGGCGAAAAGACGCGGUACUGGAUUCAGUCACAGAACGACCUCUACCAGACCACUGAAUGGAUCAAAUUCCUCCUUCCAUGGGGCGUGGGAGUUCUCCUACUGGUUAUAUGGCAGUUCUACUGCACGCUACUUUGCGUGGCUGGCACCCAAAUAUACGACACAUUGGUCUGGAUCCCGAGAAAGCUCUACCGGCAACACUUCGAACUGUUCGACAACGACAAUACAAAGCAUCCACACCUGGGCGCUGAUUGA